AUGGCGGAAGGGAACACGCCAACAGAAGGAUCAUGCACUUUUUUAUUCAAAAAAUCUACAAAGAAAUUUUCGGGACGAAAAAGAAAGACCAGUGACAGCGAUAAAGAUGCAGACAGUGAUGAAGAAGAGACCAGCUCUGUGGUCAGAAGAGAUAGGAAAGAGAAGCGAGUAAACCCGAUGAUUCAAAAGUCCAAGAAAGUGGAGAAAGAAGCAGUCUCAUCCAGUGAUAGUGAGAACGACAAGGAAGACAAGAUCACCAUCUCCUACAAGUCUAAACGCUCAGCAAAACCAGAGGGCCCAGAGGACAUGGGCGCCACAGCAACAUACCAGCUGGACACGGAGCGUGACAAGGAUGCUCAGGCCAUCUUUGAGAGGAGCCAGAAAAUUCAAGAGGAACGGACGGGCAAGGAGGAUGAUAAAAUCUACCGUGGCAUCAACAAUUACCAGAAAUUUAUUAAACCCAAAGAUACCACCAUGGGCAACGCGUCCUCUGGCAUGGUCCGGAAAGGACCCAUUCGAGCCCCGGAGCACCUGCGAGCAACCGUCAGGUGGGACUACCAGCCAGACAUCUGCAAGGAUUACAAGGAGACUGGAUUCUGUGGCUUUGGGGACAGCUGCAAGUUUCUCCACGACCGAUCGGACUACAAACACGGCUGGCAGAUCGAGAGGGAACUGGAAGAGGGUCGAUACGGUGCUAAUGAUGAUGAAAACUAUGAGGUGAGCAGCGAUGAGGAGGACUUGCCAUUCAAGUGUUUCAUUUGCAGGGACUCCUACAAAAAUCCCAUCGUCACAAAGUGUCGCCAUUACUUUUGCGAGACUUGCGCCCUUCAGCACUACCGCAAGUCCAAGCGCUGCUAUGUGUGCAACACUCAGACGAACGGUGUCUUCAACCCAGCUAAGGACUUGCUGGCCAAAAUAGAGAAACGCAAAGCUGCUGCUGACCUGCCACCGUCCGAUAAUGAGGACGACUGA